AAAAAAAGACACACAACAACGUAAAUUUCAAUUUAAACAAUUUCUUUUCGAUUCUGAUUUGUACUCAUUAUAACCACAACAAAAGUAAUAAUAGAACUCUCCACAUAAUCACAAUACAUCCAUCACACAUAAAGUGUUCUCUUCAUACACAUAUAUACACAGUCCGUCAUAUAUUAUAGAUUGAUUAUUACCCAGCUUGCCACUCCUUUCAUCACUGUGUCCUCCCCCCUCCUGUAUCUUAUAUUCAUAAAUAAUAUAUUAAUACAAUCAUGGUUAGUGGACGUGCAGUACCUAUAAAUGUCAAAGUAGUUGCGGCAGAAUCACUUUAUAAACGUGAUGUGUUUCGUCAACCGGAUCCAUUUGCGGUUAUAACUGUCGAUGGGUCUCAAACUAAAACUACAAAAACCGCUAAAAAGACAUUAAAUCCUUAUUGGAAUGAAUCGUUUAAUUUCCAAGCUUUACAGGAUUCGAUAUUGGUUAUUCAAGUAUUUGAUCAAAAGAAAUUCAAAAAGAAAGACCAAGGGUUCUUGGGUGUGGUUAAUAUAAGAAUUGGUGAUGUGAUUGAUUUAUCGUUGCCAAAUUCAGAAGAAACUAUAACUAGAGAUUUAAAAAAAUCAAAUGAAAAUUUGGCUGUUAGUGGAAAAAUCAUUGUCGUGAUAUCAUAUUCAAGAUCUGGUGGCUCUACUUCUGGUCCAGCAUCUGCUCCUUCUGGUCCUUCUCGUGUUUCAAAUGGUUCAGCUGCUACUGCUCCACCACCAGCUGCCAGUGCACCUGCUGCUGCUCCUACAUCACCUACUCACCAUGCUAAUGCUGCUUUACUAUCUCAUGGUGCUACCGGUGAUGGGUCACAGUUCCCAAGUACGACCGCAUCUAAUCGACAAUACUCAUCGUUUGAAGAUCAACAAGGUCGUCUUCCAGCAGGGUGGGAACGCCGUACCGAUAAUUUCGGAAGAACUUAUUAUGUCGAUCAUAAUUCAAGAACAACAACUUGGUCAAGACCAACUUUGGACCAAUCAGAAUCGGAAAGAGGUCAAUUGAGACAAUCGGAAACUGAAGCCGAAAGAAGACAACACCGUGGCAGAACCUUACCCGGUGAAACUCCAAGUUCUCCAUCUCUUAUGAAUAAUGUUAAUUCAUUAACUAGUGGUAAUGUUACUGUUAAUGCUACUGGACCAAAUACCCCAGUUUCACCAGGUGCUGCGGUAUCCAUGGCUUCUUCAGGUGCAACUACUAGUGGAUUAGGUGAAUUACCUUCUGGGUGGGAACAACGUUUCACAAACGAAGGUAGACCUUACUUUGUUGAUCAUAAUACAAGAACAACUACUUGGGUUGAUCCAAGAAGACAACAAUAUAUCCGAACCUUUGGUCCAAACACCACCAUUCAACAACAGCCAGUUAGUCAAUUGGGUCCAUUACCUUCUGGUUGGGAAAUGAGAUUAACAAACACUGCCAGAGUUUAUUUUGUUGAUCAUAAUACAAAGACCACGACCUGGGAUGAUCCAAGAUUGCCUUCAUCCUUGGAUCAAAAUGUCCCACAAUAUAAGCGUGAUUUUAGAAGAAAAGUUAUUUAUUUCAGAUCUCAACCUGCAUUAAGAAUCUUACCAGGACAAUGUCAUAUUAAAGUUAGAAGAGAUCAUAUCUUUGAAGACAGUUACCAAGAAAUUAUGAGACAAACUCCUGAAGAUUUGAAGAAACGUCUUAUGAUUAAGUUCGAUGGUGAAGAAGGGUUAGAUUAUGGAGGGGUUUCCAGAGAAUUCUUUUUCUUACUUUCUCACGAUAUGUUUAAUCCAUUCUAUUGUCUUUUCGAAUAUUCUUCGCAUGACAAUUACACAUUGCAAAUUAAUCCAAAUUCAGGUAUUAACCCUGAACAUCUUAAUUAUUUCAAAUUCAUUGGAAGAGUUGUUGGUUUGGGUGUCUUCCACCGUCGUUUCCUUGAUGCCUUCUUUGUCGGUGCAUUAUACAAGAUGAUGCUUCAUAAAAAGGUUGUCUUGCAAGAUAUGGAAGGGGUUGAUGCUGAAUUCUACAGGUCUCUUAAAUGGAUCUUGGAUAACGAUAUUACUGAUAUUCUUGAUUUGACAUUUUCUGCUGAAGAUGAAAGAUUUGGAGAAAUUGUCGAAGUUGAUUUGAAACCAGGGGGGCGUGAUAUUGAAGUGACUGAAGAAAAUAAACACGAAUAUGUUGAAUUGAUUUCUGAAUGGAAGAUUUCUAAACGUGUUGAAGAACAAUUCAAGGCAUUUAUUGAUGGGUUUAAUGAAUUAAUUCCUCAAGAAUUGGUCAAUGUUUUCGACGAGCGUGAGUUAGAAUUAUUAAUUGGAGGGUUGGCCGAAAUUGAUGUUGAAGAUUGGAAGAAACACACUGACUAUAGAGGAUAUCAAGAAUCAGACCAAGUUAUUCAAUGGUUCUGGAAAUGUAUUGGCGAAUGGGAUUCUGAACAAAAGGCCAGAUUAUUACAAUUCACAACAGGUACUUCUAGAAUACCUGUCAAUGGGUUUAAAGAUUUGCAAGGUUCCGAUGGGCCAAGAAGAUUUACCAUUGAAAAAGCGGGUGAAUCAAAUCAAUUACCAAAAUCGCAUACUUGUUUUAAUAGAGUUGAUUUACCACCAUAUGCUGAUUAUGAAAGUUUAAAACAAAAAUUAACGUUGGCAGUGGAGGAAACAGUUGGAUUUGGUCAAGAGUAGAGGAGAUUUACAUAUAUUGUUGAUUGUUGUUGUUGUUGUUGUUGUUGUUAUUGCACUUAUACAUAUGUACUUACAUAUGAUUUUAUAUUUUUGUUAAUGUUAUAAAUUUGUUAUUUUUUUUCG